ACAUCACACAUAUUCUUUCAGCCAAAACCUUAGGGAUUAACUACCAUAUUUUUUAAAGCAUAUUCACUCUCUUAGGUAAAAAUGUCAGAGCUGCAAGAGACAGAACAUCUUCCAGAUCAACCUAUGAGGACAGCCGAGCAGAUCCAAAGUAUAAUCCGUAAAAACAAUAUUCUCAUUCUUCAGAUGAAACUUCACAACAACAUGCUGAAAAAGAAGCUGGAAACAAAGCUAGAGGCGGCUGUGCAGAAGCUGGAGGAACAGGUGAACAAGAAAAUAGAACAAAUGAGUGUUCAGAGCCACUACCGAGAGGUUCUGAAGUGCCGUCUGGAAGAAAUGAAACAGCAUCACGGUAGCCACAUACACAUGGGCCAGACUGAACAAGAAACAUGUCAGCAAAAGGAACAGAAACCUUUAGAGCUUCAGUCCAGUCUUGAAAAGGCUCAUAUGAAGUAUGAAGAAGCUCAGCAACUUACUCUAAUCUAUUUGGAUAUUAAGAAAGAUCUUCAGGGUGAAAUUUUGAACUUUAAAAGCUGCCUGGAGAGCAUGAAGGUAGCAGUAGAGAGGCAAAGGCUGGUGGUGAACAAGUUGAAGCACAUUGAGAGGGACCUCUGCAUGGCUAAGGAGGAGGCAAAGGCUGCCCUGCAGACUCAGAAAGACCUGACAAAUACAACGCAUCACCUGAGAGAGCUACACAGGGACAACUAUGACAUGGAAGAGAGAGAGAAAGACAGAGAGAGGCUGGAGUCCCCAAUGUUGCUGGCGAAGCAUGGUCCCGAAGUCCUUGAAGGGGAGACUCUGUGUGAAGCUCCUGCAGAGACUGCAACAGAAAUAACGGCUACUGACUGCAAUGACAUUUUCCAAAAGUUUGAAGAUCCCUCAACUGACAAUGAACCAGAGAAUGUCGUACAGCUCUUUAUUUCUCAGAGUGAUACCCUCCAGCAGCUGGAGCAUCUUGCAUCCAAAAACAACACAUUCCUAGAAUGUCUGAAGGAAGAACAAAGGAGAAUCAAAGAGGAACUUAACCAGAUCAGAUACAUUGAAAACAGCAGACUGACUCGCGAGCACCAGGACCUGGAGGAGCUUAUAGUUCAGCUGCGAGCCAUAGAGAAGCGCAGAGAUGAUGCCGGCAAUCGAGCAAAUGAACUGUCCAGCAUUCACGAUAAAGUGAGGACCGUCUUAGAGAACCUUGACAGCAAACUACAAGUAAUCAGCACAAAAGUGAAACGAGUUAAGAAGAUGACCAAGAUGCCAUCACUGCAAGCAGAUGAAGCAAAAACUGUUGAAGGGAAAAGACUGAACAAAGCUAAAGUUCAAGCACCAAAUGUACCAAGACCACUAAAAAAGAAAAAGAAAAAAAGGUUAAAGACAGAGCUACACCAGGGCAUGUGAUUUGGCAUCAAUAAAAUUAUUUGUCAAACCCUGAAUUCAGAUUGAUAUAUAUCAUGUUUUCUUUAACAGAGUAACUGAACAGGUCAAGGCAAGGCAG